AUGGCAACCUCGAGAACCUUUGGACCUCUGACGCCCGCAGCUGAGAUCGCCGCGGCGUUUCCGAUUUCUGUCCAAGGCAAGACCAUCAUUGUGACUGGUGUUUCGCCCAAGAGCCUGGGACUUGCAACUGCCUCCGCCUUUGCUUCCCAAUCCCCAGCAAACCUCAUUCUUACCGGAAGGUCUGCCGAAAAGGUUAAGACAUCAAUCAAUGACCUGAAGGCGAACUACCCGAAUGUCAAGUACCAUGCUCUGAUUAUGGAUCUUGCAUCCCAAUCCUCGGUACGAGCUGCGGCUGCCAAAAUCAUGGAGGACGAGUCGAUCCAGAGUAUUGAUAUUGUGGUCAACAAUGCCGGAGUUAUGGCAAUUCCAACCCUGACUCUGUCUGAGGACGGCAUUGAAACGAGCUUUGCAACGAACCACAUCGGCCAUUUCUUUUUUAUCAACCUGAUCCUACCAAAGAUCAUCAAGGCCGCUCAGACUUCUUCUACACCGACUAGAAUCGUCAAUGUGACAUCCUUUGGACAUCAGUUCUCCCCGGUUAGAUUCUCCGACAUCAAUUUCGGCCAAGCCCCGGCUGAUCUCCCAGAAGAGGAGCGUCCAGACUUCCAGAAGACCGAGUUCCUCACUGGCAGUAGCCAUGCCGAGGACAUAUACUAUGGAUUCUUUUCCUAUGCCCAAUCCAAGACAGCAAACAUUCUGUACUCAAUUUCCCUGAACCAGAAACUGUGGGCGAAGUAUGGAAUUGCCUCAUUCGCUGUGCACCCUGGAGCCGUCAACACUAACAUCAACCGACAUGCCACCCCAAGCGAGAUUGAACAAGCCCUCAAGAGGGUCAAAGAACUUGGCUUUGACUCUUCUCAGAAGACAACUGAGCAGGGAGCAAACACAUCUGUGUUCGCGGCCAUUGAACCUAGCUUGCCACCUGUGAAUUUCUCGGAGGCCCAAGUCAAGGGUGUCUACCUUGCGGACUGCAAAGUGGAUGAUGCAAAUGUUGCAGCUUUUGCUACGAACAAAGCUUUUGCGGAAAGACUUUGGACCUUGAGCGAGAAGCUGGUGGGCCAGAAAUUUGACUUCUAG